CCCCGCGCCCCCCCGCCCACCCCCCCAUGGACAUGCUGGACCCGGGUCUGGAUCCCGCUGCCUCGGCCACCCCUGCUGCCGCCGCCAGUCACGACAAGGGACCCGAGGCAGAGGAGGGCGUCGAGCUGCAGGAAGGCGGGGACGGCCCGGGGGCGGAGGAGCAGACGGCGGUGGCCAUCGCCAGCGUCCAGCAGGCGGCGUUCGGCGACCACAACAUCCAGUACCAGUUCCGCACAGAGAAUAAUGGAGGACAGGUGACAUACCGCGUAGUCCAGGUGACUGAUGGUCAGCUGGACGGCCAGGGCGACACAGCAGGCGCCGUCAGUGUGGUGUCUACGGCUGCUUUCGCGGGGGGGCAGCAGGCUGUGACCCAGGUGGGUGUGGAUGGGGCAGCCCAGCGCCCUGGCCCCGCUGCUGCCUCUGUGCCCCCAGGUCCCGCAGCGCCCUUCCCACUGGCUGUGAUCCAGAAUCCUUUCAGCAAUGGCGGCAGCCCCGCCGCUGAGGCUGUCAGUGGGGAGGCACGAUUUGCCUAUUUCCCUGCGUCCAGUGUGGGGGAUACCACGGCUGUGUCAGUACAGACCACAGACCAGAGCUUGCAGGCCGGAGGCCAGUUCUACGUCAUGAUGACGCCCCAGGAUGUGCUUCAGACAGGAACGCAGAGGACGAUCGCACCCCGGACACACCCCUACUCCCCGAAAAUUGAUGGAACCAGAACACCACGGGAUGAAAGAAGGAGAGCUCAGCACAACGAGGUGGAGUGGAGUGGAGUUACUUCAAGGAGCUGGUGUGGUAGUGGCAGAAGUUCCACGUGCAGUGCUUUGGAGGGGAGCCAGGAGGCCAAGGAAGGCCUGGAGUGUCAACUGAGGCCCCAGCGUCCUGAGGUGUUUGGUGGGGCGGGCCUGUGCAGCCUCCUGUGACCUAGCAGCUCCCUGAGCUCAGGCGUUCGUUCAGCACGUUCCUGCUGGCCCAGCACCUGGGCCAGGCCCUCGGGUGCAGCGAGAUCUUGGUGCUCAGUGUUCGUUCUGGCGGCAGAGACAGAAAUCACACAAAGCUAUAUUGGUGACGUCAGGUGGUGUCACAGGGAGGAAGCAGCUCAGGCCGUGUAGGUUAAGGAGACACAUGGCGGCAGGGUGCUCCAUGGGCUGAGGCCUGAAUGGGCCAGCCCAGUGUCUGGGGCAGAGUCCCAGACAGAGGGACAAGCAAGGCCCACAGCAGGCCUUGAAGCAGAGCAGAAUUCAGGAAAGGGCAGAGGAAGUUGGCGGGGUUGCGGGAGGGCUGCCCAGCGCUGGAUCACACGGGGCCUCGCAGGAGGCCCUUCCAGCAUCCCUGCUCCUGGGUUUUUAGGCCAUUUUGUGGGGCAGCCAGCAGAGGGGCUUGUGUGCAGAGGCUGGAUGGUAAGGCUGGGACACCAGAGGCUGGGAAGGUCAGAGGUGACCGUGGAUGUUGGGCCAGAGAUAGGACUCGGAGUGGGAGGGCUGCGGGAGAAGAGCCCAAGGCUGCAAAUUGGGGUAUUGUGAUGAGGUCAGGGGGGUUUGAAGGGCGGGGUGUGUCCGAGCCUUGUGGGUUUGCGGGGCUGUGGUCGGCUUCCCAGGCAGGGCGACCUGAGGCUGGCUCUGUCUCUGCACCUGUUUGGUCCUUUGGAUCCGUGUUGGCCUGACGACCGCUGAGGCUCAUGGCGAGGCUUCAGUGAGCUGAGGUGUCUGAGCUGCCAGCGGUGUGGCGGGCCAGCCACUGUGACUGCAGUAAACCACACGGGGGUCCCGCCCAGCCUCCCACCCGCUCUCUCUCUGCCUCUCGCUGGACUCAUCCACCCGAGACAGUCUUGAUCUUCGCAUCCUGCCGAGAGCAGUCUUCCUCGUGACCUUGCCCCCACCCCACCCUCCCUCCUAACCUGCAGUGUGUGACCCACCCUCUGCCCAGCCCUCCUGUUCCCUGGGCAGUCUGGCUCACUUCUCUGCCGAAAAGUCUCCGUUUAAGGUCACCCGUGACGACCUCAUUGCCAAAUCCGCUGGCUUCUUUCCCUGUGUGUGCUCCAAGCAUCUGACCCUGCCUGUUCCUCCUUUCGGGAAUGUUCCUUCUGCCCUCCCCACUCUGAUUCUGCUUCCCGGCCUGCUCCUCGGGGCCCCGGGGAGCUUGUUAACGCUCAGGGUCUCCGGGGCCAUCCUCAGAGGUUCUGAGUGGGCAGGUCAGGGAGGCCCAGGUGUCUGUAGUUCAGCAAGUUCCCCAAGUUCUUCACAGUGGGCAGAGCUGGGGAGCCGCUUCGCCUGUUGGUGUUUCGUAGGGUCUGGUCCCCUGUUCCGUCGGCCUCAGGAGAGUCAAACGUAAGGCCCAGGGGUGGUCAGUAUCCCCAAACCCUGUCCGCAGCUGUAGUGUUCGUCAUCCUCUGGGUCUGUUGGCUUUCUCCAGAAGAAAGCCUGUGACUCUGAGAAGGUGGGCACUGUCACACGCUGUCUGCCCGGGCUUCUCCCGCACCCUGAGUGCCACCAGCGUGCAAAGCUGCGCUUCUGUUCCGUGCUCCUCUCUUGAACAUCAGGCCCGUAUUUUGAACUGCCCAUUCUGAAUCUCCAUUUCUGGGUGUCCUUGAGAUAUCUGAAACUCAGCCUGUCCAAGCAGGAGCUGCUGUCCCCCGCCGCCAAGGUUUCCGUGCAGCGUUUCUCUUUUCAGAGCAGCGGAGGCGCCCCUGCCACAGUUACCCAAGCCGGAGACGAAGGCCAGGGCGCCGUCGACUGCCAUCUUCUCCUUCCGUCACACCCGCAAGCCCUGAGACUCUGUGCCCAAGUGGACUUGUCAGCUUCUUGUUCCUCCUUUUCCCCCUUUCCCACACUUUCUUGGUACCACAGGAGCCCAUCUCUGGGUCACAAACUCGGGGGCCUGAGGGAGUGAGGACACUUGGUUGUCAGAAGGGGCACACGGGGCCCCACGGUGAAGGGGGCCCCCGAGUCCCGCUGGAGGGCAGCCUUGCAGCGCCAGCUCCGUGCUGCCAGGUCAGAACUGGGGCCGCUGUUGCCAGAACCUCGAGAAACCGGAAAUCCAGAUCUUCAUGUGAAAUCUGAUUUUUCAGUGCCGGAUGGAAUUGCUUUUCCUGUUUCAUUAGUUUCCACUCUUAAUGUUACUUUCAUACCUUCUACUUUGGGUUUAAUUUUCUGGGUUUUUUUCCCUAGUUUUUUAAGAUGAUUUUGAACCUUUCUUUUUUCCUAACACAAGCCUUUCUAGUCACAAAUUUCGCGCUGAGGCUGCAUUACCUACGUCCCAUUUGGAUGGGUUUUCCCAAUUGUCCUUGUGAUUUCUUCUUUGGCUCAUGGGUUAUUUAAAAGUGUGUUGCGUAACUUCCAAACAUUUGUGGGUUUUCUGGAUAUCCUUUUGUUAUUGACUUUUAAUUUAGUUCUGUUGUGAUCAGAAGCAUACUCUCUAUAGUUUCAGUUCCUUGAAAUUUACUGAAUUUAAUUUAGUUUACGGGCCCAAAUACCGUCUGUCUCGGUGUCAGUUUCCGUGGGCCCUGGAACAGCACACGUGUCUGCUGCCGCUGCGUGUGCCGUGUCCCUCCGCGUCAGCGAGGUCGAUUUGGCUGACGGCAUUCUGGUUUCUCUCCUGAUUUUUUGUCUCCUUGUUGUAUCAGCUACUGAGAGAGGAGUGUUGAUGUCUCCAACCGCAUUUGUGGCUUUGUCCAUUUCUCCCUUCGGUCCUGGCAGAUUUGGCUUCUAAAUUGUGUUUUGAUGUCACGUGGGUGUAACUGAAGCACUUCUGUGAAAUGGACGUGGCCUUGGUCCUAGCUGGUCGUCUAUUUCAAAUGUACCGACGUGGUCUUCCCAGCCCUGGGCCUGAACCUCGCAGCUGCUCAGUGAAAGGCCCAGGCUCAGGGCCGGCACCCUGGGGGCAGAGACGAGGUCUAGACUCGCUGGCAGGGCAGUCAGGGCCUUCACAGCCUCUUUUGCCACUGCGCUCCUCUCUCCCCCUAGAAUUUCUGGGGUCUUGCCACCUGUCUGCCCAGUGCCCCUCCCCUCGGACACCAGCCCCAUGUUUCCUUCGUAAGUCUUUCUCUGAAGAUAGACCCAGCCCGCUUCCAUACAGAGGUCAGCACUCCGCCCUGGCCUUCCCCAGGCGCCUGGCACCAUCAUCAGGGGCCAUAUAUCCUUUGGUGUCAGUGUGCCCUGUUCAUGUGCCUGUCACAGUGGUGCCAGCAGGACUGACGAGCCCACCGUGGACUCUGGCCUUCUGGGGUGCCCAGCACACAGUAGAGCAGGCAGUACGUUUUACAAAGUAAAUGUAAACUGGAGCUGCACCACACACCCGCCCCCGUCCCCUGGUGGUUGGGAAUGAGGAAUAUGCAUGAGUUGCAGCUGUGAUGGAGCCCAGGCAGUGUAGGGCUGCCGAGCGGGGAGAAGGACACCAGGGAGCCCCGUGCCGUCAGGUUCCUCAGGUCAAUCCUUGGGGGUGGAGCAUGCGGCCGAGGGACACAGUGGGCCAUGCCGCCAGGCCUGCGCUGGACUCUUAGCUCUGCUGCUGCUUGUGGCCACAGAGUUCCCAAAGGUCAUAAGACGUGGCUGUCCUCACUGGGAGGGUUCAGCUCACCCCUACAGCGAUGGGGCCCAGGUUUGGGCAAGAGAGGAGAGCGAGGACGAGAGAGGGGACCAGGGAGGAGGAGAGUGCGCGUAGGAGGGUGUUGUCACCCAGGGCCCAGUGGGGGCCCUUGGAGGUGGAGAAGGGGUGGUCAGCAAUGAAUAGACAAAACCAGGUGCCGAGAGAAGGCAGUGGCACGUGCCUGGUAGUGGCCAGCUGCAUUCCUUAAAGGAACAGCGGGGUCCAGGGGGAUGCUGGCCUCACAGGACCGGAGGGGUGGGGUGUGCUUCUGGCCCACUCUCCUUUCUCACUCUCACUUGGAGCCUUCCCCCGUCUCCCAGCAGUGCCGCCCAACCCUGGGAAAAGACUGCUUUGCCCUCCUUUCCAAAUCCCACCACACACCCAGGCCCCUGUCUUCCACUGACACCGCCUGCAUUUGUCUGCGCACUGUCCUGGAAGGGGGAUGAGGGUGUGGGGUGAGAGCUGGGGGUGACUGGGCUUUCCUGGGCGUUCCCACCAGUGCCUGGGACUCUGCCUGGCUGGGCAGGGAGGGCUGGGACGGUUUCGCUUCAGGGGGCCCCCAGCCAGGGUCUCAGCUCUGGUGCCCGCAGACCCCAGGCAGCUGUCAUGAGGUCGUGAUGUGAGCCAGAUGAGGCGCCAGAGAGAAGACACAUGCCCUGUCUGAAGGGGGCAGUGGCCACUCAGCUCAGCUGACAGUGAGAUUAUGGCGUUUUAGGAAAUGAAGUCACAAAUCUGGAUUUUUCAAGUAAAAUCUUCCAUUAGUUUGCCAUGCUGGCAUUCUAGGUGGGGUUCAUGCUGUUCCUGCGUGCCCCAGUACCCGGGUGGGCCAGGCCCCUGAGAGCCACGUGCGCCAGCCGGGGGAGCUGGGACUGGCUGCUGGGCCUGGAGAAGGGUUUGCAGGGGUGAGCCACUGUCACACUGAUCUUAAAGAUGAAGAGGAGAGCAGAAUCCAGGGCCAGGGCUCUGGGGAGACACGAGGACUGUGGAGAGUCACAUGCGGGGCCUGUGGGGACCAGGGAGGGGCACCCGGGGCCUGUGUAGAGGGGCCUCUGGCCUGUCCCUGCUUCCCAGGAACUCAUGCCCACUGAAGCUACAACUCCAGUUUUCAGAAGAUGCCAAUUAUUAUGUGAAAUUGCCUGAUUUUUAAGUUUUAUUUAUUUAAAGUUUUAUUAUUGUUUUAUUUAUUUAUUUUUAAUCUCAGAUUUUUAAAAAUAUGCUGGGUGGAUAAACAAAAUGAACCCAGUCCCCAGAUUCUGCUCUCGGGGUGUGUGGCCCUCGAGGGUGAGGAUUUCUUUGUUCCUCUUGAGAAGCGGUGCGAAGCAGGCAUGGAGGCAGCUGCCUGUGCUUGGUCUGCGCUUGCCGGCACUGUGACCUGGGCAAGGCCCGCGCUGUGCCUCAGCGACCGUGGGUCUCACCUUCUCCCUCGGGAUGUUCAUGGCCCGGGUGCCCAGAAAGGGAUGUGAACCCAGCCGUCUUUAUCCCUGUUGUUC